AUGGUAACAGCUGCUAAUCUGCACUACCAAACGGCCGUGCGUCAACUUGUCUCACUGUUUCGGACCUCGUCUAUUACAAUGGAGAUUGACAAAAACACCAAAUAUGAUAGGCAGCUUCGUCUUUGGGAGACCUCAGGGCAACUGCGGCUUGAGUUGUCGCACAUUUGCUUGGUAAAUGCAACCUCAACAGGCUCAGAACUACUUAAAAACUUGAUUCUCCCAGGUAUUGGAAAAUUCACGAUAAUAGAUGAUGGGGUUGUGACACAAGAACGGAUCUCUGGUAACUUCUUCUUGCUGAAACAAGAUAUAGGGAAGCAAUUGGCACCGUCUUUGUGUGGAAAACUCAACGAAUUGAACUCUGAUGUAAAGGGAAACUCAAUUUGUAAGUCGUUGGAAUCAGUAUUGGAAUCGGAACCACCAACGUUUUGGAGCCAAUUCUCCAUCGUGGCCAUUAGCGACUAUACUCCUGCUCCACAACUCAAGGCAUUGAAAGAUAUUUUGUGGUCCCAGAGUAUCCCAUUAAUUGUGGUGAACACUGUAGGAUUUUACGGCUCUCUACAUCUUAUCACCAGCGAGACUACUGUGGUUGAGACCCAUGAUCCGGCUCGCUUGUAUGAUUUGAGGAUAGACAAGCCGUGGCCGGAACUCCAGGAGCUCUCAGACUCUGUCAAACUUGAAGAAUUGAAUGAUACAGCCCAUGCCCAUGUUCCAUAUGUCAUAAUUUUCAUCAAGGCAUUACAAGAAUGGCGCAACAAAUAUGGGUCACCACCAAAGAAUUAUUCUGAAAAGAAGCAGUUUAGGAAAUAUGUUGUUUCUAUGUCGAGAGAUAUAAGAACAGAAACCAAUUUCAUCGAGGCUUCAACAUCCACUCACAGAGCACUUCAAACUACAGAGGUGCCAGCUUCUAUCCAAGACCUAUUUGACCAUCCCAACUUGCAAAACUUGACCAAAUCGACUCCUGCGUUCUGGGUGCUUUUAUGUGCAUUGAAAAAGUUUACUGAGGUGAAUAAUGGCCAGUUACCAUUACCUGGCAGCUUGCCAGAUAUGGCAUCAGAUUCUGAGAGUUACAUCAAACUCCAGACAGUAUACAAAGAUAAGGCGCUGCGAGAUCAGAAACAAUUCACGGAGCAUCUCAUGCAAAUUGUCAAAGAUAUUGGAUCUGAUCAACUGCAAUUUACACAGGAGACCAUAAGCCAAUUCUGCAAAAACACUCACCUGCUUCAUGUUACCCUGGGAACCAAAAAAUCCUACUCCACUUCCAUGAUAGAAAACAUGUUACUGGGGUUCAAUAGUGGAAAUAAUCUGGACGAAGCUCAUUUGUUGGCGAUAUAUUUUGGCAUUUUAACGCUCAAUGCAUUAAUAGAAAAGAGCAACCUGCCAAUAAGCGAGUCAAACUACGACGAGCUCAUGAAACUUUUCAUUGACGAGUUUGCACCAGGCGUGACACAACUCCCGGAUGACAUGAAGCUGGUUUUCAAAGAAAUCGCAGUUCAUAACAGCCGUUCGUACCAUAAUGUUUGCAGCUUCAUGGGUGGUGUCGCCAGUCAAGAAGCGUUGAAGUUGACAACCAUUCAGUAUAGACCACUUGAUGAUCUCUAUAUUUUCGAUGGAGUUCGUUCUGUGAGUGAAAAGUUCAAGGUAUAG